AUAACUAUUAAAUAAAUAAUAACAAAAUAAUAAUAAUUGUUUGGCAAACAUAAUGUUAAUGAGAGUGUUUGGCGGUUAUAAUAGACUACUUCACGCCUAUCCUCUCAUUACGCAAUGCACGACAACCGGUGUCCUAUUGGCCGCCGGCGAUGUCAUCGCCCAGAAAGGGGUUGAAAAACAAGAACAAUGGAAUUGGAAGCGAACGGCAAAGUUCGGUGCCUUUGGACUGCUAUUUAUUGGACCUGUCAUCAGAAAUUGGUUGGUAUUCUUGGAGCGUGCGUUCGGCGAGACCGGUAAGUGGACACCGAUUAAGAAAGUCCUGGCCGAUCAGCUAUGCUUUAAUCCGGUCCUACAAUUUACGGCACUACCGGUGUUGGGCGUAAUGAAUGGCGAAACAAUGGCACAGAUCAGGGCCAACAUCGAGAAAAACUAUGUCGACAUUAUGAUAGCCGCGUGGAAAUUGUGGCCAUUUGUUGCUUUGUUUAACUUUUAUUUGGUUCCACUUAACUAUAGACUACCGGUGGUUGCAUUGGUUUCAUUAGUCUGGAAUAUAUACUAUACGUGGAAAUUGGGGGAAAAAGGGGAACAAAAACAUAACUAAUUAUAUUUAUAUACCAUAUAUAUAUAACAGUCUAUUUACAGUAUAUAUAUUUUUUUGUUUAUUAAAUAUCAGAUUUUAUAUAUUUAAAAAAAAAUA